AUGGAAGAAGGAAGCGAUGGCAACAACGAUGGUGGAGGAUUUUCGUCACUGAGAAGAGGAGCGAUUUGGCUCAAGACCGGAGGAGAUGGACGAGGGAUAGAAAGGUCCACCUGCGAACACAAACUCCGACUUCGUUCUCUCACAAUCGCAUCUGUGAGAUCUUGGGAGCCAAGUGAUAAAGCUGAUCUUAACAAGACAAAGAUCAAUAAAUAG